AUGAAGGAAGUACACUCCAUGGCUAGUCACAACAUAGCGUGGUAUGGUACGGACGGGUCCCUAACACACCAAGGCACUGGCCUUGGAGUAAUAGGGCCACGAAUCAAGUACCAUGAAUCUUUAGGACAACACACCAGCAUAUUCCAAGCUGAGCAUCAGACAACGAGGGAGUCAUCCUCAUCGGCAAGCUCAAUUCAAGCCAACACAACUCAGCUCGUGAGUGCAAUGGCCUCGUAUAAGUCACCCACAGUGAUUCUAGCGACGGCACUGGUUCGACUGCACAACAACAUCACUUUCCACAUGUCAGUGGAUACGGCGUUUGUGCUUCGCUCUUUAACAUCGCCUCUGCCAAGGAUGAAUAUCCACCUGCAAAACUGGUCGCAUAUCCAAGGACUCGAAUUGGCAGAUCCUACCUUUACGCGAUCCGGUCGAAUCGACUUACUGAUUGGCGUGGAUGUCAUACCUCAGCUCAUGCUGUCUGAAGUUCGGAAGGGAGCUCAGGAUCAACCAAUAGCUCAGCGCACACAACUGGGUUGGAUUGUAUUUGGUAAGACAAACCAAAUACUUUCGCAUGCCAUAUCCAUUCGAUGCCAUCAGACAAAUUUGGAGUCUUUGGUCAAUAAGUUUUUUGAACUAGAGAAAAUUCCCGAAACUCGACAGUUGACAGCAGAAGAACAAUGGUGCGAGGAUCAUUUCAAACGCACGCAUACACGUCAACCCAAUGGGAAAUAUAUGGUUCGGCUCCCAUUCAAGACGCAGUUCGAUUCCUCGCAAGUUCUUGGGAAAUCUCGGCAAAUAGCCCUUGAUCGCUUCCAUAUGUUGGAGCGCAAGUUUCAAAAACAACCAGCGUUACAUCAGCAAUAUUCAGCCGUCAUCCAAGAGUAUUUUGAUCUCAACCAGAUCAUCGAAGCUGCAAGCACUGAGGAGCAACAUCGGACUCACACGCCAUUGGGGCAGGUCGGUUUUGCGGCAUGCACUCUGCCUCAUCACGCUGUACUAAAGGAGGAGAGUACCACCACCAAAUUACGCGUGGUCUAUGAUGCGUCUUGCAAAACUUCCAAUGGCCGUUCUCUCAACGAUGUCCUUUGUACAGGCCCCGCGUUGCAGAAUGAUCUUGGGGGAGUCAUACUAAACUGGCGCAUGCAUCGAUAUGUUUUUGCGGCAGAUAUCCAAAAAAUGUACCGAUGCAUAGACAUGCACCCGGAUGAUGCCCAGUUUCAACGGAUUUUUUUGGCGAAACGAACAGGAUCAAAUUCAGGAAUAUUGUUUAACUACAGUGACCUUUGGAACUGCGUCGGCUCCAUAUACGGCCAUCAGGAUUAUGCAUCAACUAGCUCAGGAUGA